AUGCACCGCUGGAUCCCUGAAGUUGUGCGGCUUAUUUUCGAAUAUGUCUAUGAUCCUAUUCGUACAGUAGAUGAUAGAGAGGGUCGUGUCACGGUUGCCGGUCUAGCAAGAACUUGUCGAGCAUUUAAAGACCCUGCCCUAGAUGUCCUGUGGACUCGGCUGCACUCUUUGGAUGCACUCGUCCUUUGUUCCGGUGGGAGACGGGUUGGCAACAACCAACUAAUCUGGGAUCGUCCAUUGUACGAUGCGGACUGGCGCAAUCUCGCCCGUUAUGCAAAUCGCGUCCGCACGCUGACAGUCUCAACUGGGUCGGAUAAAUGGGACAUAAAGACUUUGCAACUUCUGAAUUGUUUUCCUCUUCCAGGACCCAUCCUUCCGAACCUCACAGAGUUGAAUUGGCUGUCCGAUCGCGAAGACUUUUUCCCAUUCUUGCGUUGUUUCUUGUGUCGCAGUCGCAUCGCUUCCACCAUCGUGUCCUUUGCUCGAGAGAUUGUUAUGCUGUGGCGCAGAGGAUUCGUCGAUUUGAGCAAUCAGCGAGGCAGUUUUGGGUUGGAAGAAGCUUCAACGCUUCAAGAGUUGCGUUUCUCUGCUACAUCAGAUCUUAGAUCCCUCGUGUUGGAAUUUUGUUCCCCCAGUGUCCUGGUGUCAAUCGUAGCUCCUACACCUUCAUUCCUUCAAGCGUUCAUGCAAAACGUCCAUUUCUCAAUUCGACGUCUGCACCUUGAAUGCGCGCUCUACGAUCAUUCUUUCCCCGAAAAAUUCUUCUCGCACUUAGAAACAUGCGUGGAGCAUCCCGAGGAACUUACAGAGCUAGUGUUGACCGUGACAACGAGAUCAGACGCGGAUGCUACCAACAAAUCGAUCGUGCUCAACUCUCGCAUGUUGCAUCCGCUCCUGUCAUUCAAGGGACUCAAACAUUUAGACCUUGGCCAUGCGUGUACCGCGCAUAUCGAUGAUACUUUUCUCGGAGAAAUGGCUCAGUCUUGUCCACACCUAGAGCAGCUCUAUUUGUGUGACCAGAAGUACUGGCUCAUUGCUCCGUUGCUGACCUUUGAUGGAGUCACAUCUCUCUUAAAGCACUGCCGCCAGCUGUACUCUCUCGGAAUUCUCUUCGAUGCUACUUUCAAAAGUGAAACAACAUAUACGGCACCGGUCGAUGCAGUCAGUCCAAAAAUCACAGAAUUUCUUGUCGGUGCAUCACCCAUCGAGGAUCCUGCAAAGGUCGCAGCAGUGCUGUCCUUUCUAUUUCCCAAUUCAGCUUCCAUAAGUCAUUGCAUUCCCAACAAAAUACCCAAGGAGCUUCAGGGAAGGAGGGAAAAGUGGGAUGCAGUUAAGGAGUUGUUCGAGAUAUUUGUCUCAGCUCGGAAGGAGAGUUGGGAGCAAGGCUGGUCGGAGGGAAAGGCUGCGGUUGAGAAGAAUGCAGUAGUUUAA